AUGACCUUUUUCCCUCCUGGAAACCCCCAAAAUCAGUGUGUACAGACAAGAUGAACAAGCCCAGUCAAAACUAUUUCAUUAUAGCAAGAUCGGCGACCCAGCACGACGAUCGGCUAAGCUAUGAAGACUCUGAGCAAUUUGGCGAGCCACUUCACGAUGUCCCGCUGUUCCAGACAACGGCCAUCCCAUCGACCCUGAUUGCAAAGCCUGAUGGUCGAGAUACAUAUGAUGUUCAACUUCACUUCCAAUCACGUACAGAAUUGCAUUCUCUAAAGCCUCCCAGCUUGCCCAUCAAACCGUCUCGGCCAAGUCUGAAGAGGAAUCACAUCAGCCGUUCGUGCUUUAGCGAGCAAUCUGUCUCCAGCAGGGAGACUGUAUACUCGCGCCACGCGAAAUCAGAGCCAGCCAAGGCGUCUGGCAAAGGCCGAUCAUGCACGGUUUGCAAUAAAACAGAUACUCCCAGAUGGCGUGACGGACCUGGAGGACGUCGAACCCUCUGCAACGUUUGUGGUUUGAUCUAUGUGAAGAGGCAGUCGAAAGGCAAAUCUCCGAUACUCCCUGGAGGAUACAGUCGUGGUACCCGCGAAAUCAUGUCCGACGACUCCUCACGACAAUCAUAACUUGAAUCGCAAUGGCUACUCAAGUUCAACGCAAACCCUGACCAUGGGUCGAUCAACAAACAAACGCCCGCACCAGCUUUUGACCUACCGAGGCAUAGAUAGAUAUGGUUCAUCGUAUGCUGAUCUUGAGUCAUGAGCUUACAUGAAGGUGUCGGGACGGAAAUCUUUUUCUUAUCAUUUUGCAGCGUUACAGGGUUACUACAUGGGACAGAUAUUCGCGGCGCAAUUAUUGGGGGUCAUAACAUCAGGAGUAAUCAGCAUCAGAAUCUCAUGAAUUGGUUCAUU